AUGACCAGAUCAAGAACCAAGGCCAAGCUGGCUUCUUCUGAUGAAGGGCCAGAUCUGAUAAGCCAACUCCCAGAUGAAAUCUUGUGCCUCAUCAUUUCUCUUCUUUCAAUCGACGAAACUGUAAGGACGAGUGUUCUUUCAAAUAGAUGGAGAGAAUUAUGGCGGUUCAUCACUAGCCAUCUUGAGUUUGACGGACUGUGUUCACUCCAGCUCAUUUACUACGCACUGCCUACUUCAAAACCAUUUGAAGGAUGCGAGAAUCUGAAAACCUUGAUCCUGAUAAAUGUGAAUGUCGAUGAUAAAAACCUAGAUAGAAUUUUUAAGAACUGUAAGGGGUUGGAGAAUAUGUGCCUCGAUGAGUGUACUACUGGGUUUUCAAAACUUGAAAUCCAUUAUCCCAAUUUGAGUGUUUUGCAAUUGCAUGCGAUGAAACUUGAUGGAUUAAUUGUUUUUGCUGAGAGGCUUGAGGUUUUACUCCUUGAUACUAUCAUUUCUCCGUGGAGUAUGGAUAUUUAUUCCCUGAGCCUCAGGGUUAUCCAUUGUUACAACCACUCGAUAUUGGGAUCAAUGCUUUCUUUAAUUGAAGAGAGAAACGUUCUCAAGGCUUUCGAUCUUCUUGGUUACUUCCGUUAUUAUUGGGAGCAAUAUUUUGCUGACUCUGUCAAAACUUUCAAUUGA